AUGCAAUGGAAGAACGAUGAUGCAACGAAUGGACAAGUUGUUGCCGGUGGUAAAGGCGAAGGAAAUGGAUUACAUCAAUUGAAUGGUCCACGAGAUGUCUUAAUUGACAAAGAGACGGAUAGUCUCAUUAUUUGCGAUCGAGGGAAUAAACGAGUUGUAAGAUGGUCUCGUCGUAGUGGUACAACACAAGGUGAAAUACUCAUCGACAACAUCCAAUGUUUUGGAUUAACAAUGGAUGAACAGAGAUAUCUCUACGUCUCUGACUGGGGAAAACAUGAAGUAAGACGAUAUCAAUUGGGUGAGAAGAAUGGCACUCUCGUAGCUGGUGGAAAUGGCUAUGGGGAUGAACCCAAUCAACUCAAUAGACCGACAUAUCUCUUUGUCGAUCGACAACAAAAUGUCUACGUGUCAGACAACCGCAAUCAUCGUGUAAUGAAAUUGAAUAAAGGUGCAAAAGAAGGUAUUGUAGUAGCUGGAGGUCAAGGCCAAGGGAAUGCUCUGACACAAUUGUCUUAUCCUCGAGGAAUCUUCGUUGAUACGUUGGGUACACUCUAUGUAGCAGACAUGGGGAAUCAUCGUGUAAUGCGUUGGACUCAAGAAGACAAGAAACAAGGCACUCUAAUUGUGGGUGGAAAUGGCGAAGGAGCAGGAGCAAAUCAGUUCGACAGCCCCUUUGGUUUGUCUUUCGAUCGACAUGGUAAUCUCUAUGUCAGCGAUUAUGAUAAUAGUCGUGUUCAACGAUUUUCUAUCGAAUAA